UGAGAGCGGUGGCCAUUGGGCCGCCGCGGGGUUUGGCGCUCUGUUGUCCGAAGCUGGGGACAAGAAGACGGGGAAGAUCAGUGAAGUGAACCCGACGCUCGGACAGAAAGUGAAAGGCAGCGCGGUGGGCGGGAAGCCACCGGCGGCAGUAGGGGUAACUAUGGGUCAGACUGGAAAGAAAUCUGAGAAAGGACCAAUUUGUUGGAGGAAGCGUGUUAAAUCAGAAUAUAUGAGGCUUAGACAGCUCAAGAGGUUCAGACGAGCAGAUGAAGUAAAGAGCAUGUUUAAUUAUAAUCGUCAGAAGAUACAAGAAAGAACAGAAAUCUUAAAUCAAGAAUGGAAACAACGCCGGAUACAACCUGUACACAUCAUGACUUCUGUGAGCUCAUUGCGUGGGACCAGGGAGUGUUCUGUCAGCAGUGAUUUAGACUUUCCAAAACAAGUUAUUCCUCUCAAAACUCUGAAUGCUGUUGCCUCAGUUCCCAUAAUGUAUUCUUGGUCACCUCUUCAGCAAAAUUUUAUGGUAGAGGAUGAGACAGUUUUACAUAACAUUCCUUAUAUGGGUGAUGAAGUGCUUGAUCAGGAUGGAACAUUUAUUGAAGAAUUAAUAAAAAAUUAUGACGGAAAGGUACAUGGAGAUAGGGAGUGUGGAUUUAUCAAUGAUGAAAUAUUUGUGGAGUUAGUCAAUGCACUCGGUCAGUACAGUGAUGAUGAUGAUGAUGAUGAUGACGAUGACGACGAUGAUGAUGAUGAUGAUGACGAUGAUGAUGACAAUCUUGAUGAGAGAAAUGAAAAACAGAAAACUGGGGAGACCAACCGAAUGGAGAAAGAGAGUCAUCCACUUCGGAAGUUUCCUUCUGAUAAGAUAUUUGAAGCUAUUUCUUCAAUGUUUCCUGAUAAGGGUACAGCAGAAGAAUUGAAAGAAAAAUACAAAGAACUUACUGAACAGCAGCUUCCAGGAGCUCUUCCUCCUGAGUGCACACCAAACAUAGAUGGACCAAAUGCCAAAUCUGUUCAGAGGGAGCAGAGUCUACAUUCUUUUCAUACUCUUUUUUGUAGACGGUGUUUCAAAUAUGAUUGUUUUUUACAUCCAUUCCAUGCGACUCCUAACACCUACAAACGGAAGAAUACAGAAACUGCAAUAGAUAAUAAGCCUUGUGGGCCACACUGUUAUCAACAUCUGGAAGGAGCUAAAGAGUUUGCUGCUGCUUUGACUGCUGAGAGAAUAAAAACACCACCAAAGCGCCCAGGAGGUCGCAGAAGGGGAAGGCUUCCAAAUAAUACCAGUAGGCCCAGCACACCAACCAUAAAUGUGCUAGAAUCAAAGGAUACAGACAGUGACAGAGAAGCUGGAACUGAAACUGGAGGUGAAAAUAAUGAUAAAGAAGAAGAAGAGAAAAAAGAUGAGACUUCAAGUUCCUCUGAAGCAAAUUCUAGGUGUCAAACACCAAUCAAGAUGAAACCAAAUGCAGAGCCUCCAGAAAAUGUUGAAUGGAGUGGUGCUGAAGCUUCUAUGUUCAGGGUUCUCAUUGGUACCUACUAUGACAAUUUCUGUGCAAUAGCCAGGUUAAUUGGGACCAAAACAUGCAGGCAGGUAUAUGAGUUUAGAGUAAAGGAAUCUAGUAUUAUUGCUCCAGCACCUGCUGAAGAUGUUGAUACUCCUCCAAGAAAGAAAAAAAGGAAACACAGACUGUGGGCUGCUCAUUGCAGAAAAAUACAGCUAAAGAAGGAUGGAUCAUCUAAUCAUGUUUACAACUACCAGCCAUGUGAUCAUCCACGCCAGCCUUGUGACAAUUCAUGUCCGUGUGUCAUUGCACAGAACUUUUGUGAGAAGUUCUGUCAGUGCAGUUCAGAAUGCCAAAAUAGGUUUCCCGGAUGCCGUUGUAAAGCACAAUGCAAUACAAAGCAAUGUCCUUGCUACUUAGCUGUACGUGAGUGUGAUCCAGAUCUCUGUUUGACAUGUGGAGCAGCCGAUCAUUGGGAUAGCAAAAACGUGUCUUGCAAGAACUGCAGCAUUCAACGAGGGUCCAAAAAGCAUCUGCUGCUAGCACCUUCUGAUGUGGCAGGCUGGGGGAUUUUCAUUAAGGAUCCAGUGCAGAAAAAUGAAUUCAUCUCGGAAUAUUGUGGUGAGAUUAUUUCUCAAGAUGAAGCAGACAGAAGAGGGAAGGUCUAUGAUAAAUACAUGUGCAGCUUUCUAUUCAAUUUGAAUAAUGAUUUUGUGGUUGAUGCAACACGGAAGGGUAACAAAAUAAGAUUUGCAAACCAUUCAGUCAAUCCCAACUGCUAUGCAAAAGUUAUGAUGGUUAAUGGAGAUCAUAGAAUAGGCAUAUUCGCUAAGAGAGCCAUUCAGACUGGUGAAGAGCUCUUUUUUGAUUACAGAUAUAGUCAGGCUGACGCCCUCAAGUAUGUAGGCAUUGAAAGAGAAAUGGAAAUCCCUUGAUACCAACUACCUCGCCUAUAAAACAGCUGCCUUAUCUUCAGGAGUUUCUACUACUGUGGGCAAUUUUAUUUUUAAAAACUGAAUUGAUGCAAUUUGGAAUGCAAAAUUUGCAAAGUACUGUACCUGUAAUUUAUAUUGACAGAUUUUAAAAUCAACUUUUUAAUGCCUUUUCACCAGCUGCAACAUAUUUUGUACCAUUGAUCUUUUGCAAUAAUGCAGUGUGGUACACUUUUUGAACCUUGAAUAAAGGAUACUUGAACUUUGAAUUCAUAUUGUAUGUUGCCAUCUUUAAAUAAAGGCUUGGCUGAAUGUAUAAAUGUAAAAAUA